CUCCGCCCGCAGACUCCAUCCAGGUCAAGCCUCCAUUGUGGGCACGGCCUUUCCCCCCUCCGCAUUCCGCCUCUCCAGCCCCCACCCUCCUCGGAAGUACUUCUCCGGCGAAGUACUCUUCCCGUCAGGUUCUUAUCCGGCCCGACCGCAGCCAUCCUUGGUCUGCGGCGCCGCUUCCCUGGCAAAGAAAGAAAGAAUAACACCUAUAACUUCCACAACCAAGAUGACGGAUGGCGGCCAAGACAACGAACUUGCUGCUCUGGAGAAAGUGUUGCUCGACAAAAGUGCGGAUCCUGUCGAUCUGCCUUUCUCGCUUCUCAAGGCCAUCACAGGGAACUUCUCUGAAGAUAAUGAAAUCGGCAGCGGCGGGUUCGGAGCGGUUUACAAGGGCGUGCUUCCAAGUGGUCGCACCGUUGCCGUGAAGAAGCUCUUUGAGAUGUACGAGAUCCUGGACAAGAAUUUCGCAAGCGAGGUCACCUGUCUUGCUGGGGUCCGGCACAAGAAUACCGUGCGAUUUCUCGGAUACUGCUCCGAGACGCAGCAAGUACUGAUGCCAUAUGACGGGAAGCGUGUCUUGGCUGAUGUGCGGCAUAGGCUGCUCUGCUUCGAGUACAUGCCCAAAGGGUGCCUUGCUGACUAUCUCCCUGAUGCAGCUUGUCGAUUUCAGUGGAUCACACGUUAUCAAAUAAUCAAGGGGGUCUGUGAAGGCGUACAUUAUCUUCACAAGCAGCGUAUUAUUCACAUGGACCUCAAACCUCAAAAUGUACUAUUGGAUGACAACAUGCUGCCCAGAAUUACGGAUUUCGGUCUAUCAAGACGCUUAAGUGAAAGCAAGAGUCGGGCUAUCACUGAAAACAAGCAUGGGACGAUGGGAUAUAUGGCACCAGAAUUUAUAAACAAGGGAGAAAUCACCUUCAAGACAGACAUAUAUAGUUUGGGAGUUAUAAUAAUGGAGAUCCUUAUGGGACAUAAGGACUACUCCAAUGUUAAGGAGAUAGUUGAAAGUUGGACGAACAAGUUCAGGACAUCAGAGAGCCAGACAGCACUGGAACAAGUAAAAGUAUGUGCUGAGAUAGGGAUAAAAUGCAUGAACUAUGACCCAAAGAAUAGGCCUGCUACAUGGUUUAUCAUUAGUGGAAUACUGGGUGAUGUGGAAAUUUCAAACUGGUCUAUUACAAGUGAUGUAGCUACCUCGACAGAAGGGCAGAUAGGCUUUGCCUCCAAGUUGGUGGAUGAAUUGAAGUUGAUGGAUGAUUCCGCUGCAGCAUCCGAACUGCAGCCAUCAGCGCUGGAGGUAGAGCAGGAGGAUGGCAAAGUGAGCCUAGAGAGUAAGGGGAAGGCAACAACAGUGAUUGUGGCAACUGGGGUGAUGAGCACCCUCAGUGCCAAGCUUGCCAAGCUCAUGGGCGACGAGUACAUUAAGCGCAAAGAGGUGAGGAAGCAGGCGUCCUUCCUCAAGAAGGAGUUGAGCACCAUAAACGCUGUCCUUGAGCAGCUGGAGCUCAUGGAUGAGCUCGCUCCAGCGCUAAAAAAUUGGAGGGAUGAUGUCAGGGAGAUCUCCUAUGACAUGGAGAAUUGCAUUGAUGACUUCAUGCGCCAAUUUGGAGGUGAGGAUGCUGAAGCAAGCUUCGUCGGCGAGGCUGCUGAACUUCACAAGAGGUUGUGCGAGCUUCAUAGGAUUGCCAACCAGAUGGAAGAGCUCAGGACUCUUGUGGUAGAAGCAAAUGCUCGACGUGAGAGCUACAAGAUUGAUGAUUGCAAGCCUAGCUUUGUGGGUGUCGACCCUCGGCUGUCAGCGGUCUACCAGGAGGCAACUAGCCUUGUGGGCAUUGACGGCCCAAGGGGGGAGGUUGCCAAUUGGUUGAUGGAUACUCAGAAAAAACUCAAGGUUGUGUCUGUUGUUGGUUUUGGAGGUCUGGGUAAAACUACACUUUCCAAACAGGUGUAUGAUAAGAUCAGGGGGCAUUUCAAGAGUGUGGCAUUCAUUUCAGUUUCACAGAAGCCUGAUAUGAGAGUGCUUCUCAAUCGCCUACAAUUGAAACUUGGGAUAAGUGUGUCUUCUCAUGAUUGCGGGUUUGAAGACAUCAUUGAAGAGCUAAGGAAGUAUCUCGCAGAUAAAAGGUACCUUAUUGUACUUGAUGACUUGUGGGAUCAAUCAGCAUGGAAUACUAUUAGUCUUGCUUUUCCAGAAAAUGGAAAUGGGAGUAGAAUAAUAGUAACGACACGAGUGGAAGAUGUGGCUAGUGUGGCCUGU